AUGGGUGGUGUGGUGAACUUACACUUGAGCAUGGAGAAGGCUUUCUCUGCUUCCUCCCUCCACUUGAACGAGGUCUUAAUCAAGGUCAAGGCAGUGAGAGAUCCUGGUGUUGAUGUACGGGCCUCUGGUUAUCUUAAUGACCAAGUCACGCUCUCACCACUCUCGCCCCUUGCUCGUCUCUAUAUCUAUGCCCUGCAUGGGUGUGUGUGUGAGGUGACAUUUACUGCUGCCUGGAAUUGGUAUUACACUCACGACCAGAGGCUUCCUGGCUACACCAGCUUGUGGUCGCUCCUCAUUUACAGCUUGGCUAUCUUCUUCAUGGAGGGCUUGGGCGCAUGGCUACAGCAGAGACACGUCCCUUUACUGCUCCGGUUGACUGUUUACACCUUGUUCAUAUAUUUCUGGGAGUUCAGUUGGGGGGUCUUGCUCAGGCUGUUGGAGGCAUGUCCAUGGGACUACUCACAUUUCAAGUAUAAUCUCAUAGGACUCGUGACCUUGGAGUAUGCUGUGCCUUGGGCAGUGGCUGCCCUCCUAGCAGAGAAACAUGUUAUUAGGAACACGCUGAAGAUACGAUUGAAUGAUUAA